AUGAAAGACGACCCAGCCAGUCACUGUGCUGCGCAAGGGCUGAAUACUGAGGACGGGGGCCCAUCACCAUCAGUCCAACGCGGAGGGUCGCGGACGCCCCCACGUCCUGACGACGGCGGUUCCGGCCACUCUCGCGCACCGCCUGGCACGCACAACGACAUACCAGCCCACUCGUCACCCAGAAACGUCAAGGUCGGCUCGGCAUACGAGUUCCUCGCAGCCCUGAAGAGGAGCCGCAACACAACGAUCGACCUGGGCGGGCGCACGCUCAGCUUCGUGAGCAGCAGCGUGGCGAACCCCGACCUCACGGUCCUCAACGGGACGCUCAAGUGCAGGAGCCUCGUCGUCGAACCCUCCGCGACCAACUUCUGUUGCCGCAAUCUGAUCUUCCAGUUCUCUCAGGUUGGUGGCGCCGAGGACGCCGCGGCCGACCCGCUGGUGGCCGUCCGCGGCACGCAGGGCGUCGUGCUCGAGGCCUGCAAGUUCGGCGACUGCGGUCAGGGCCGGCCCGCGGCGUCGUGGGCCGGCGACGACGCCGCGUGUGCCGGCGCGGGGCUGUGCGCGUCCGACGGGGCGAUGGUGCUGGCCAUGGGCUGCGAGUUCAACCGGAACGCGGGCGCGGGCCUCGUGGCCGACGGCCCGAAGACCGUCGUCAUCGCCCACUGUCUGUGGUCGGGCAACAACGGGACGUCCGGCGUGCUGGCGCAGCGCGGAGCCGAAGUGAAGCUCGAGCGCUCGGGGACGUGCGCCGGCAACCGCUACGUGGGCAUGUUCGCGCACGGCGGAGGCAAGAUCGUCGCGACGCGCGUCGUCUGCAACGACAACCACAACGACGGCGCGAUGGCGGCCAACGGGGGGUCGCUGACGCUCGACGCGUGCAAGAUGGUCGCGAUCUCGCGCUCGGGGGUUUUCGUGGCGGAGGGCAGCUCGAAGGCGACCGUCACCGGCCUGGAGAUCGUCGCCAGGUCGGUCAGACGGGGUCAGACGGAGCCUGUGGGUGACGGGAUCGUGCUUCGGGCCGGCGCGUCCUGCCGGGUGCGCGGCGCCAAGAUCGACGGCUGCCUGGGGGCAUUGACCGUGUUCGGCGCCGGGAGCAGGCUGCGAGCGAGCGACGUGGUCGUUACGAAUUCCAGGCAGGGGUUGCGUGUGUGUGGGGGCACGUGCGCCCUGAAACGGUCGACAUUGGACGGGUGCGCGGUCACGGCGAUCGAAGCCGCGGAGUCCGACUCGAGCGUCACGGCGGUCGACGUAACAGUCAAGUCGUGCGGCGGGAGGGGCGUGCACGUCGAGCGCGCCGCGCUGGCGACCCUGACGAAGUGCGUCGUCGAGCGGGCGGGCGCGGACGGGGUGUUCGCGGACGGCGUCGGGACCGUCGUGGAGAUGGAGGACGUCGCCGUGACGCGCAGCACGUCGUGCGGCGUCCUCGUUUUGAACGGGGGGCGUGCGCACAUCCAGGGGGGGGAGUGCACGGACGGGGCGUCGUUCGGGGUGACCGUGGAGGGGAGGGGCACGGCCGCGAAGAUCAGCGGCAUGGUAUGCGCGAGGAACGCGCGCUCUGGCCUGGUCGCGAUGGACGGGGCGGAGGUUGCGGCGACGAAGUGCUCCGUGGAAGGGAAUGCCAAGUACGGGGGGGUGUCGUGGGGGGGGAGUUCGUCGUUGGUCCUGGAGGACUGCAAGGUCGUCGGGAACGGGGAGGCGGCGACGUUCACCUGCCAGGGCGGCACGGUCACCGAGCGGUAG